AACUUGUGUACGCAUCUUACCAUUAGGAAAGUUAAAAAAUGAAAACUUCUAUACUUUUUAUGUGCCUACUAACUGUAGCUUAUGUAACAACAGAUCUUGUAGGAUUAAAAACGCUAUGUUACAACAUAUAUGAGUGUGCGAAGAAAUUGAAGAAAUGUGGAAAUUUAGUAAUCGAUCCCUUGACGGAUAUUUUUGUAUGGGAUUGUGCACUGCGCAGAGUUAACGUAAUUAACGAAAAAAAUGAAGUAAUCAGAGAAAAUGGUAUUAAAUAUUGCGAGGAUGUUAUGUUAUAUAAAAAGAACGUAGACUCUUGCAAAUGCAAAGUUGCGAAUUGCAUAGAUAAAGAAUGUAAAAACUUAAAACCCAUCCCAAAGUAUAACAAGGAAGUUUACUGUCAGAUAAACUGUAUUAUAAAGGAGGGUGUGAUGAGUAACAUUGACUGUAAUAUGUAUAACUGUAGUAAUAAGUAGUAAAA